CUGGGCCGCCGCUUCGCCGAGCGCAAGCGCUGCGCCGACCUCGAGUGCAGCAUGUUAAUGUGCCGAGGGAAGGCCAUGCAGGAUUUUAAAGGUCCAGAUUGUCGCUUCGUAAAUUUUAAGAAGGGAGAAGCAGUAUAUGUAUAUUAUAAACUAAUAGGAGAAUCAACUGAGCUUUGGGCUGGAAGUGUUGGAAGUGAUUUUGGAUAUUUUCCAAAGGAUUUACUUGAAAUAAAUCAUAACUAUUCCAAUGAGGAGCUAGAAUUACCAACAGAUGAAACAGAUUUUGUUUGCUUUGAUGGAGGAAGGGAUGACUUUGAUAAUUAUAAUGUAGAUGAACUUCUGAAGUCAUUGCAACAGACAAUAGCAAAUGAAGGGGAAACUGAAUCGAGUGAUUCAGGGACAAAACCAGCUGAAGGAAUUGAGAAGGAUAAGGAGGCUGAACAGACUGAUAAAGGAAAGUCCCUUGGUGCUUUGGAGACAGACAAUCUUGAGCAAAGCAUCAAAGAAGAAAAGGAAAAACUUGCCUUGACAGACAAAGUUGACAAUUCUCUUACAGAAGGAACUGAAAAUACUGGGGGAGACUCCAGUGUCAAUAGUCACAAAGAAAACUCUCAGGGAGACCAAAUUGCACAUGAGCACUUGAAAGGAAUGCUACAUGGGAAAUUAAAAGGGCUAGAAAGUGAAAAUACCAAAAACACUAGUAUUCCUCAGGGUGAAAACAGCCAACUUGACCAAGAGAAUGAAGAAGUCAAUGCCUAUACACUUUUAAACAGAGAGCUCUCUGUGAACUUAAAAACAAAAUUUGGCUCAACUGCUGAUGCUGUUGUAUCAGAUGAUGAAGUGACUCGCCUUGUUACGUCACUGGAAGAUGAUUUAGAUGAAGAUUUGAGCAUUAAUCCUCACAGUGAAGAGGAGGAGCCAGAGUUUGCAGAUCAGUCUGCAGAAAUCCCUUUGCUGUCUUUUACGGCAGAGGAUGAAAUUACAUCCCCUGUGGAUUUAGAAGAUGAUGGAAACUAUGACGUUGAGUCACAAAAUCACGAACCUGAUGAAGCUGCAAAGGGUGCUACAAAGCUAAAUAACCAAAGAGACAAUGGGGAGGAACCUGGUUCAGAUACAUUAAUUCUUAAGGAUGCUUUCAGUAAGAGCAAGAAAUUGGGUGACAUUGUAAGUGUAGACAGAUCUGAAUCUAAACAAACAAAAGAGAAACAGGAUGAGGUGGUGCUAAUUAGUAAAAGAGAAGCACCAGUAACAACUCAGCUUGAGGAUCUUUCCAAAGAACCCCUCAGAAAGGAACCUGUGGGUACAGAUGAUCUGGGUUCAAAAGAAACAGCCAACAAAACUGAACAGCUGGAAGAGCAGUUCACUGAUGGAACAGAGUCACAUUCUGCAGCAGUGAAAGGUACAGCUGUGCCUGAUCCUCAUGCUUCGCCUAGUCCAGGCAAUGCUCUGGAGUCCAAAUCAUUUCUUAAAAACAAGGAAGAUGCUUCAGAACCAACUGAUGAUGAUAUCAACAAAAGUCCUGAAAGAGUUCCACUUGCUUCAAUAGAGAAAAGUGAGAAACAGUUUGAGGAUGGUAUCUUGGAGGAGUCCUUGGAAAGUGAUUUAAAGCACAAAAGAUCAUGGGAGAAAGCAAUGGAGAUGGGGGAAGCUGAGAACGUGCCUCCAGUUGAUGCUCCAGCCAAACUGGUGGAAGAGGUAAAAAAUGCAUCUCAAGGUGACCCAGGAGAUACUGACCUCUUGAGACAGAAAGUGGAGCAUGGAAUGCCUGCUGUGGAGAAAGAACUUCUCAGACAUGAAGAAAAUUUAAAACAAGCAGGAAAAAUUGAAAAUAAAAGUCCUGCCCCUUCUGGCAAAGAACUGAAAAUAGAAAACCCUGCAGGCGAAGGAGACCCAAGCUAUAGCGGAGUUGUUGAGCAACCUAGGCCAUGGGAAAAUGAGACUGAGUAUUCAGAGGCAGAGGUGAAUGAAAAAGUUUCAAGAAAUCUUGGCAAGAUGCCAGCAUUUAAAGACAGCUCUGUUACAAGUUCCCCUGAAGAAAAAUCAGAAAGCACCAUGCAGAACACUAAUACAGAGAAUCUUACUCGGCAAGGAACUGCUGAUCCUGAGGAUGCAGGAUCAGACAGAAAUCUUGGCAAAGAUUUGGCUAAAGAAACAGCACAGAGAGCAGAAUUGCAAUCUGAAGAAGCAGAUGUUGAAGAUGACCCUGACCUGAAACAAGCAGAUGAUGAGCUUCUGGAAGAUGAAAAUGCAGCAAGUGCAAAGCUGUCACAAGCCAAGACUGCAAAUGUCCAGGGUAAUACACUAGGUAGUGAAAAUACAAAUCCUGAAUUAGAAGGAAGUGAAGCUGUUUCAGGAACCCCAAAUCCUACUUACAAAACAGGAGAAGAAACAAAGUCAUUCCCUGAGGAGGCUAAUACAAUCAGCAUGCAAAAUGCAAGCGAGACUGGGAACAAAGAAGUGUACAUAUCAGGAAGAAAAAAUGCUAAAUUGGAUGAGAUGCAACAUGUCAUGGAAGCUGAUGAGGAGUCUUCUGAACCUGAGGAACCAUCAGCUGUGGAAGAACAUAAUUUCCAGUCUCCUCACACAGAAGACAGCAAUGACUUUGACCAAAGCAAAGAUCAUCUCCCAGAGAGCAUUUCACAGAAAGACUCAAAAGAGGUGCAAAUUUUAGAGCAAACAAGAAAUGACCACCAGCAAUCUGCCCAUGUCCCCAGCCCGGCUGACAGCUCAGAAGCCAGCAGUGACACUGUAACAGGCUUCAGUGAGUCUGUGAAGCAGCUCUCAAUAAUGAGAGAUUUCCUUGACGAAAAGCGCGUGAUGCGCCUACAGAAGUACCUUGGGCUCCAGCACGUGGUUAAGAUUGAAGCCAUGUUCCACGACAUGAAGGUGGAGAUGGAGCUUGCUCAGAUGGCGAGCCAGAAUAAUGAAGACAUAGAGAAAGCUCUGGAUGAGAUACUGGAGUUUUCAGAAUCAAACAUUAUGGAUGUUGUAGGAAAAGUUCUGGAUUCCAGGGUAGCAGAAAAUAAGGAGGAGGUGGUGAAAGAGAUGGAUUUGUAUGAUGAGGAGAGUGCACUUAUGGAUGAUAUUCAAGAAUUAAUAUAUUCAUUAAGGAGUAAAUAUUCAUCUGCUGGUGAGAGUGUCCCACUUGCUUCUCCUCCAGAACAGGAAGAUGAUCAGCUGCACAUUCAAGAUGGUACAAAAGCGGCUGAAUAUGACAGUGUUUCCACCAGAAACCCAAAUAUCAUUGAUGAGGGCAGUCAGGAGGAAUUUCAGCAGCUCAUUGAAGAUAAGAGGCCAGAGAAGCCUAUUGAGGAGGAGGAGGAGGAGAGGACUGUCAGUGUUCCACCUGAGCAUGAAGAGGCCAACUUCUCAGAUAGUGGAGAAGUUGAAGAAGGGUAUGAUAGUGAAAGAGGACCACUCCUGGAAGAUACGUCCUUUGGUUCAGUUGAUUCAGGAGACAGUGCCAGCGAACACAUUGCUGAAGGUGCCGGUGCGGGCGCCGCCUGGCGGGGUCACCCCGGCGCACCCCGCCGUGAGGGGGGCUGGCGUUCCGCGCCCCCGGCCCGCAGUGUGGGGCAAUCCCGCGGGAGCGGAGGCGGCCGCUGGCGUCAGGGACCGCUGCCGGCCUCCCCGGAUGGCGGGGAGAGCUCGCCCCCCGGCCGGGCUGUGCAGGGGCAGGUGUGCGCCCUCCUUUCCGUCCCCUCACUGCCGGCUGUGGAGAAGUUGGUUGCCACGCUGCCUGAGGAAAUGCGUCCUGGGCCUGAUUUCCAUGGACUUCCAUGGGAGCCUGUUAUUAUAACUGCCUUAGUGGGAAUUGUCACGCUUGCUAUAUUUUUUUGGAGAACCUGCCUUUCAGUAAAGAGUAGAAUUUAUCAAGUGACUGAAAAACAACUUGCUGAAAAGAUUAAAAACCUUCUUCAAGAAAAGACAGAAAUCUUAGAAAAGUUGUCAGAAUAUGAUCAAAAGAUAAAGGAAGCAAAGGAAUCUGUGAAAGUGGCCCAAGAACAAAAAGACAUUCUCUCAGAUGAAACUGCAGGGCUUAAGGACACUGUCAAAGAAUUGGAAGAAGCAAAUCAGCAGCUAGAUAACAAAGUGAAAAAUCUGCACACCAUGCUUGAAACAGAGAGAAAAAAGAAUGAGAAGAAACAAAACAAGCUCUCUGAAACCCAGAAGUCCUUGGAGAAGCUGCAGGAAGCUAUCGCUAUGCAUUCUGCAGAGCUUUCAGAGGUGCAGAUAGCCCUUAAUGAAGCUAAACUGAGUGAAGAAAAGGUGAAAUCUGAGCUCCAUCAUGUGCAGGAAGAGAACGCUAGACUGAAAAAGAGCAAGGAACAGCUGCUAAAAGAAGCUGAAGGUUGGAGUGAGAGGCAUUCUGAGCUCUGUGAGCAGAUUCAGCUGUAUCAGAAAUCUCAGAAGGACAUAGAAGAGACACUUGCCUACAAAGAAAAUGAAAUUGAAGUUUUAACCAAUUGCAUUAUGCAGCUGAAGCAGCUGGACAUGGAUUCAGAGGCCAAGAAGGAUGACAGAGGGCAUGAGUGGAGCCCAGGAGAUGAUCUGGCCAAUGGAGAGUUGCCAGAUAUUGAGAGUGAGAAGAUGAAGGCUCAGAUAAAGCAGAUGAUGGAUGUCUCCAGGGUCAAAACGAUGUUAUCUAUCGUUGAAGAAGACAGAAAUCUUCUGCAAUCCAAACUGAAUGAUGAAGUAACAGCAAGACACGAGCUGGAAGAGAAGAUAAAAACAUUGGAACAUGAUUCCUCUUCACUGCAGUCAGCCAAAACGCAACUGGAAAAUGAAUGCAAAACUCUUCAGCAGAAGGUGGAGAUACUUGGUGAACUGUACCAGCAGAAGGAGAUGGCACUCCAGAAAAAACUAACUCAGGAAGAGUAUGAGCGUCAGGAGAAGGAGCAGAAAUUGUGUGCUGCAGAUGAAAAAGCUGUGCUGGCCAUUGAGGAAGUGAAAGUUUACAAGCAAAGGAUCCAAGAUAUGGAAGAAGAAUUGCAGAAAACAGAGAGAUCUUACAAAAAUCAGAUUGCUGCUCAUGAGAAAAAGGCACAUGACAACUGGCUCAUUGCCCGCUCGGCUGAGAGAGCUCUUGCUGAAGAAAAAAGAGAAGCAGCCAACCUGAGACAGAAAUUAAUAGAAGUAAACCAAAAAAUCAUCGUGCUUCAAAGACCAGUCAUUGUAAAGCCAACUCCAGGCAGACCUGACCGCCAGAUCCCACCGCGACGAGGGCCCUUAAGCAGAGAUGGCUCUUCUGGCCCAUCACCUGUGAGUGGAGGAAAUCCAUCCCCCACACAGAUGAUUGAUGUCCCUGCCCGGCCCCUCUCUGCUCCUCGAAGAGAAGGCGUGAGGGGUGAAUUUGGUGCAAUGGUGGAUGGCCCCCCUGCCCCACGAAGGCCUCCAGAGCUGCCUGGAAGAAUGUCUGUUCCUGAUAUUGGGCCUGCUGUGGCAUCCCUGAUCAGCAGCGAGCCAAGAACCUCCUCCCCUUCCACAGCAAUGGAUGGAUUGCAACCCUCUCCCAAAGAGUCUGAAGCCCCCAAUGUAACUACAGAUUCACCUUCCUCCAUGGAGCCAGCUGCAGGUAACGCUGGUGCCAAAGGCCCCUCUCCUUUCCCUGGGGCACCUUUGAUGAGCUCCCCAGUGAUGGGGCCUCCACCGCCCAUUCGCUACGGACCGCCAGGACCACCACCACCUCCUCUGCGGGGGCACUUCGGGCCUCGGCCUCUCCCUGGGCCCCAAGGUUGUGGUGCUCCCUUGCCACCUCCGGCUGGAAGAGAUUUCUUACCUGGUCCACGUUUAGGAAUGAGAGUCCCACUCCCGCCUCCCCCCGAUCCCAGAGGCUACGCACGUGGGCAUCCUCCCUUCCGCCCCCUCGGCCCUCCUGGCCCCAGGGAUUAUCCUCCAGGCCCUCGGCUACCCCCGCAGGCUUCCAGGGACUAUGCUCCUUCUCCCAACAGAGACUUGCCUCCGCCGGCACCCAGGGACUGAGGGCAGCCGGCCCCAAGGACUACGCACAGCCCCAGCGCAGGAUCCCUGCCUGCAGCACCCGGCCGGCUCCACAGACCCGGCUCCCAUGUGCACAACUCUAGGAACUGGCUCUUGGUUUGAAGACAUCGGUCUCAUUUCAGUAUAUCUCAGCUUUCGCAGGAUUAAUUUUUAUCCAGUUGCUACAGACAUCUUAUGUGCAUUUAUGAUCACAAACUCAUCCAUCCACUUGGGCUGCAAGAACCUUUCUGUGAUGGACUUGAACCUACUCUAAAAGUGCAAUAGGAAGGAAGUACCUGUGUGGAGAGUUUUAAUUCAAUGUAGCCUUUGUAACCAGUUGGCAAAUGAACUAAUUUCGUUAAAAAUGUAAAUCAAAUCAUUUCCUGUGGAAAUAAUUUUUUAAGUAAAAUGAUAUUGAACCUGCCUUCUCCAUCACAUCAUUGAGCUGCAGUUACUGUAGGCCAGGGGUUUACUUGAGGACUCUGAUGUUCUGGGGUUUUUUAAAAAAAAUGUCUGGUCAGAGAUCAGAAGCACAAAUGACACUGUAUUCAAAGGAAAGUUAUAAUAAAAAGCAAAAUUCCUUUUGCUAAACCCCGAAGGCCUUGUUUCAGUGCCACGUUUUGUUCAGAAAGGACAUUGGUUCAGUAAUGUGACAGAGAACACUACAGUUCUGAGAAUGAGAAUUGAAUCAAGGCCAGAUUAAUGUUGCUGCAGGGUAACGACCGUGUUACCUUCACCCUGAUCUACUCUGACACAAUAUGGACUUGGUUCAUGUAAUGAGGACCAUGGGGGAUACAUCUUCCAGAGCUGGAAGCCUUGAGGAAGUUGUGGAGUUGACCUGUGUUUCCACAGUCCCUCUCCACUAGAGAAACUUAGAACUUCCCUGAUUGCUUUCUGCUUUCAAGAGUACCUCACAGCAUCACAUGAAGUUUGAGAGCCAAGCUUUCAUCUUCCUCAGGGUUAAGAGCAAUUCAGUUUCUUUAAGAGGAAAGGCUGGAUUUGGAGAGCCUUUUCUCCUUCCAUCAGAAAAGAAAGUAGCUUUCUGUAA